AAGUAGGCUAUACCUAAAAAUAGUGAUACUACUUGUAGUAACAGUAAUUAUAAUACUGAACAAUAUAUAAACACAAUGAACUUUCUUCGAAGAAGGAAAGCAUCAGAAGAUGAAGAUGAUGAUGAUAUUAUUUCAGAUCAAGAAACAUCCAAUGUUCAUAAAUCAAGAAAACCUCCAAACACAGCUUUUCGACAACAAAGAUUACAAGCCUGGCAACCAAUUUUAACACCAAAAUCAGUUAUACCAUUAUUAUUUUUAUUAACUAUUAUAUUUACUCCAUUAGGUAUAAGUAUAUUAUUUGCUACAUAUAAUGUUGAAUUAGUUUCAAUAGAUUAUUCUCAUUGUAAUGAAUUAGCUAAUGAUCAAUUUAAUUCAAUUCCAUCAAAAUAUACAAAUUAUCAUUUUAAAAGUAAAAAUACUAAUCCUGAAUUUCAAUGGAAAAUUGUAAAUUCAACUGAUUCAUUUGGAGAUUUAGCUCAAACUUGUCAAAUUCAAUUUACUUUACCAGUUGAUUUAAAACCUCCAAUUUAUUUAUAUUAUAAAUUAACUAAUUUUUAUCAAAAUCAUCGAAAAUAUGUUAGUUCUUAUGAUAUAAAUCAAAUAAGAGGUGAUGCAGUACCUGAUGAUUCAAUUACAAAUUAUUGUAAACCUUUAUUACAUUUAGGAGAAGGAGAAAAUCAAAAAUUAAUUUAUCCAUGUGGAUUAAUUGCUAAUUCAUAUUUUAAUGAUACAUUUUCAAAUCCAGUAUUAUUAAAUGCAAAAAAUAGUGAUAAUAAUCAAACUUAUGAAUUAACUAAUAUUGGUAUAUCAUGGAAAUCAGAUCGUCAACAUAAAUUUGGUAAAACAAAAUAUACUCCUGAUCAAGUUGUACCACCACCAAAUUGGUAUAAAAUGUUUCCUAAUGGAUAUACUGAAGAAAAUAUGCCUGAUUUACAACUGUGGGAACUUUUACAAAAUUGGAUGAGAACGGCAGGUUUACCACUGUUUUAUAAAUUAUAUGGUAAAAAUCAAACUGAAACUUUAACUUCAGGUACUUAUGAAAUAUCUAUUGGAUUAAAUUAUCCUGUAAAUAUAUUUGGAGGUACUAAAUCAGUAGUUAUUACAACCAAUUCAAUAUUUGGUGGUAGAAAUUUAAGUCUUGGAGUUAUUUAUAUUAUAAUUGCCAUAAUAACUUUAGUAUUAGGUACCGCAUUCUUAAUUCAACAUUUAAUAAAACCAAGAAGAAUAGGUGAUCAUAAUUUCCUACAAGGUAACAAUAGUGCUUUUACAUCAUCAGGAGUAACUAAUUUCCGAGAACAGUUGUAAAUGUAUAACAUAAUUAUCAUAUUUAUAUAAUCAUAUACAUAACAUAUAUAAGCAUAUAGUAGUAGUAGUAGUAGUAGUGGGUCUUAACUAUGUGCCUGCACACAGCCCGUCCGCUCGGUUCGAAGAAAAAAACUUCAGCUGAACGACCACUGCUUAAGUUAACU